AUGAACACAGGGUCUAAGGUGAUGUCUGGGUUCUCCUCCUUGUUUCUGGCUAAGAUUGGUGGUCAGAGUCUGUUCCAACGGGUGGUGGCUCAGCGCAUGGACGUGCCGUCAGUAGUAGCUGAGAGAGACGCUCUAGUCAGCAAAGUCCACGACAAGCGCCUGGUCAAUGUGCUGUUGGACUACAUUAAAGAACGAUACCCGAUCGAUGGUGGAUGGAAAGCGUUUGCUGAUAAGCGUAAGAUGGUGGGGGUGCUGAUUGCGCAUGUGACAGGCGACUACAGUGGCGUGCACGCGAAGAAGUCUGAAGACGUCGCCAUGGCCAAGAAGAAACGCACUGUCAAAAGCUUGUUUAAAAAGAAGGACAAAUCGGAAGCGGGACCGGUCCCAGACGAAAAGAAACAGGACAACCCCAUCGAGGGCAUGGAGCAUCUUAACGUAGACGCGACCAUGCCAGGCAUCAACCGGUCGAAUUCGGUCAACAGCACAGUCUCCAACACCAGCCAGAAGUCCAAUCGCAGUAUAUCUCCGGGUUUCAAACGUAGCGACGUGACGGUAGAGGAGAUAGGCCGGGUGGAUGACUGGACAUGUGGGGCACUGUUCCAGGUGGCUGUGAGGGAGUUGGAGAGAUACGAUCUGGAAACACUGGUGCAAUUCUCUGGCAGCGACCCAGUGACGGAUUUCCUGGCUGGUCUGCUUAAAGUGUUUUCCAGCACCACAACGAGUGAGAAGCGUAAGAUGCUGGAGCUAGACGCUGUGCUGAAGGAGUUUAUGGAAGCUGUGUACACGUUUGUGCACAACGCAGCUGUGUUGGACGCUGGGCCCUUGCACGAGACCAUCACGUGGCUGCUGAGCAGUUAUGUUCACAGUGCCGAGCAGGUAGACCUGGAUGAGAUGAUGGAGAGCCUGCCCAGCGACAAGGAGAGGGCACAUGUGUGGCAAGAGAUUCGGUCACUCGACCAAUACCACAAGCAGAAGAACAAGCCACAGAGUCAGCAACAGCAACAGACCGAGGGUGUGCACACCAAACCACUCAAGCCAGCACUGGUGGUCACCAGUCAGUUGGUGCCAGAGAUGCAGAAGACUCUGGCUAAACGACUAGCAGGACAAUCCACAGCAGAAGACCAGGAUGACCUGCUUGCAGCUGCUGUGCAGCGUUCAUCUGUUGCUGAUCUACAGCUGGGCGCGAGUGCGGCUGAGACGGGUGAUACACACGAAGGCAAAGUGGUGUCACACAUCGCUGUGUGUUAUGACCAACAGGGCGUGUAUGCGUUAGAGAAGCACGGUUUUGCCGUGUGCAACGAAACGGCUGAGAAAAAGGACAAGGCCACCUACGUCAUGUGUAAGCAAGCAACGCCGCUGCACAACAGCAUCCUGCCCAUCACAGACAUGACCGUCUCCAAUUCACGCGCAGACGAAACUCGACUCAAACUCGGCGGAUGGGUGCGCGUGGGAAAGGAUUUGAGUAAAGGGUCUCUAUUCGGUACGAGGAUCAACAUCUGGUACAAAAGAGGGACCACACAAGAGUAUUCCAAGGCUAUCAGCGACAUACAGGUGGUGCAGGAGGGCCAAUCGCCACCGGACAGUUCGUAUGAAUUGGUUGAUCUCAACCUCAACAAGAACAGCAUUCGGGGCAAAGCGCAGCAUGUGUGGUUCACUCGCAAACUAUGA